CCUGAUCCACCUGCAGGAGAGAUCAGACAAGUGGAAGGCACGCCCUUCGACCUCAGGAAGCCCGUUCUGAUUGGCUCCCGGCUGAAGGAACUCCAAGGUCCGGGGUUUGACCACAAUUUCUGUCUCUCGUCACCCGGAGACAACUGGGCCGAGAGACACGCGGCCAGAGUGUGUCACCCGGCCAGUGGGCGUGUCCUGGAGGUUUCUACCAGCCAACCAGGCGUCCAGUUCUACACCGCCAACUUCCUGGACGGCUCUAUAACGGGAAAGGGCGGGGCCAAGUACGGGAAGCACAGCGCCUUCUGUCUGGAGACACAGAACUGGCCUGAUGCUGUCAACCAGGCUUCAUUUCCUGACUGUCUUCUGCGUCCUGGUGAGGAAUACCGCCACGUGACCCGCUUCACCUUCACCACCGUCUGAGGUGACCCACAGAACAGACCCACAGGAGGACAGACCAACAGAACAGACCAACAGGACAGACCCACAGGAGGACAGACCCACAGGACAGACCAACAGGAGGACAGAGAUGUGAUAUAUUUUACUACACCAGUGCUAUGCUGUCUUUUGUAGUUGCAGUAGUCAUUAACACGAUGUUCCGAGUCCAAUCUGACCAAACUUUAAAGUGAAACUAAAAUAAAGAAGGAUCUGACUCACUCAA